AUGCGUGGCGUAUUCGAGACUGUCGGUUCCCUCGGGCUUCCUGACAAAGUUACUCUCAAUCUCAAGAAAGCGAGAGAAAUAUUUGGGUUUCUCGUUAGAACUUUAGGACAUCUCGAACGGGCAUUGGCGCUGAAUGAGACUCGUCGAGAUUUCGAUUGUGCGAAUGCCGGUUUAGUGCCGGCACGUCUAGUCAUUCGUCAAAUCCAUAAAUCCCAGAUAUCGAGACCACGACCUAGCAGACAUAAUGUUGAUUUGGAUGGCGGUAAGAACCAGACAUCACCUCCCGAAUAUCAGGCUGACCUCGAACUGGCGGGCUAA